GAGCCUGAGCGCCGAGAGAGGGAAUUAGUGCGAGCUGAGUGAGUGGGCGCCAGCGCCGCCGCCACCACCGUCACCGUCACAGCUACCGCCGUCCCGGUAACCGCCUUCGCCGUGCCGGAGCCCUCAGGUGAGCAGGCCCUCGAAGGCCCGUCCUGCUGUGGGCCGCGCGCUCACCGGCCUGGGAGCCAGCUCCGCUGGGGGCCCGCCCCCUUCGCUGACCACGUGACCCAAGUUCUGUAACCUCUGACCUCCCCCGUACCGCACCACCUCUAGAUCUGGCGUGAAGCGAGGCUGGGUGGGAGGAUUCGCAUCACGGAGACCGGUAGAGCAAGUGUUUAUUGAGGGCGUGUUAUGUGCAGACGCAGUGCCUGACGCGGGGGAUGCAAAGGUGAGCAAAAAGGCAUGAUGAUCCUUGCUGGCAUGGAGCUUACAAUCUAGUGGGGAGUUCCAUCGGGGCCAUGUCGGAGCGAGAAGAGCGGCGGUUCGUGGAGAUCCCUCGGGAGUCCGUCCGGCUCAUGGCAGAGAGCACAGGCCUGGAGCUGAGUGAUGAGGUGACGGCCCUGCUCGCAGAGGACGUGUGCUACCGUCUCAGAGAGGCCACCCAGAAUAGCUCUCAAUUCAUGAAACAUACCAAACGGCGGAAGCUGACUGUCGAGGAUUUCAACAGGGCCCUCAGAUGGAGCAGUGUGGAGGCUGUGUGUGGUUAUGGGUCCCAGGAGGCGCUGCCCCUGCGCCCUGCCAGGGAGGGUGAGCUCUACUUCCCCGAGGACCGAGAGGUGAACCUGGUGGAGCUGGCCCUGGCCACCAACAUCCCCAAAGGCUGUGCCGAGACAGCUGUGAGAGUUCAUGUCUCCUACCUAGAUGGCAAAGGGAACCUGGCCCCUCAAGGAUCGGUGCCCAGUGCUGUGUCUUCACUGACUGAUGACCUUCUCAAGUACUACCAGCAAGUGACUCGGGCUGUGCUGGGGGAUGAUCCACAGCUGAUGAAGGUUGCCCUCCAGGACUUGCAGACCAACUCGAAGAUUGCAGCGCUCCUGCCGUACUUUGUUUAUGUGGUCAGUGGGGUGAAAUCUGUAAGCCACGACCUGGAGCAGCUACACCGGCUCUUGCAAGUGGCACGGAGCCUAGUUCGGAACCCACACCUCUGCCUGGGGCCCUAUGUCCGCUCCCUGGUAGGCAGUGUCCUCUACUGUGUCCUGGAGCCCCUGGCUGCCUCCAUCAACCCGCUGAAUGACCACUGGACCCUGCGGGAUGGAGCUGCCCUCCUGCUCAGUCACAUCUUCUGGACUCAUGGGGACCUUGUAAGUGGCCUCUAUCAGCAGAUCCUGCUCUCCCUGCAGAAGGUCUUGGCAGAUCCUGUGAGGCCUCUCUGCUCUCACUACGGGGCUGUGGUGGGGCUGCACGCCCUUGGCUGGAAGGCAGUAGAGCGAGUCCUGUACCCACACCUGUCCACUUACUGGACAAAUUUGCAGGCUGUGCUAGAUGAUUAUUCAGUAUCGAAUGCCCAGGUUAAAGCAGAUGGGCACAAAGUCUAUGGAGCCAUUCUGGUGGCCGUAGAACGACUGCUGAAGAUGAAGGCCCAGGCAGCAGAGCCCAACAAGGGUGGGCCAGGCAGCAGGGGCUGCCGGCGCUCAGACGACCUGCCUUGGGACAGUCUUCUCCUGCAGGAGUCUCCCUCCGGGGGCAGCGCAGAGCCAGGCUUUGGGUCUGGUCUCCCGCUGCCGCCAGGAGGCGCGGGGCCGGAGGCUCCUUCCCCUUCGGUGACCCUGGCGGACAUCUAUCGGGAGCUCUACGCCUUCUUCGGUGACAGCUUGGCCACCCGCUUUGGCACGGGUCAGCCCGCGCCCACGGCCCCGCGGCCGCCUGGGGACAAGAAGGAGCCGGCGGCCGCCCCGGACUCGGUGCGGAAGAUGCCGCAGCUGACCGCCAACGCCAUGGUCAGCCCGCAGGGCGACGAGAGCCCCCGGGGCGGAGGCCCCCCGUCGGCCUCUGCCCCCACCGCCUCUGAGAGCAGGCCGCUGCCGCGCGUGCACCGGGCGCGGGGAGCGCCCCGGCAGCAGGGCCCGGGCGCCGGCACCCGCGACGUCUUCCAGAAGAGCCGCUUCGCCCCGCGCGGUGCCCCUCACUUCCGUUUCAUCAUCGCCGGGCGGCAAGCAGGGAGGCGAUGCCGCGGGCGCCUCUUCCAGACUGCCUUCCCCGCGCCGUACGGGCCCAGCCCGGCCUCCCGUUACGUGCAGAAGCUGCCCAUGAUCGGCCGCACCGGCCGCCCGGCCCGCCGCUGGGCGCUCUCGGACUACUCGCUGUACCUGCCGCUUUGAGGCGGCGCUGGCCUCUGUGAAUAAAUCCAGCGCCCGGAAGUGA